GAAAACCGUGGUGUUGCCAAUUGUAAUCACAGUUUGUCGAGGUGCGUGCACGCAGUCGGAACUAUGGCCCCGUAUUUGAAAUUGCCGUACGAGAUCACGAACGUGACUCCGGAAGAAGAUAAAUUAAUUAAGAAAUGUUUACUAGGUUACACGAAGCCAUUUGUGAAGUGUGGGCCGAACGGGUAUGUCAUGCCCGGCGCCUUCAGGAAGCAUGCCGAAGAUAUCUACAACAUGCAGGUGCGACCUGAUGAUGUGUGGGUCAUCACCUUCCCUAGAUCUGGAACAACAUGGAUUCAAGAAAUGGUAUGGCUGGUGGAGAACAAUUUGAACUUCGAAGCGGCGAAGAAAUCGCCACUAUACAAAAGAUUCCCUAUGCUCGAAACUACAUCGCAGAUCCCAGAAGUAGCGUUUGAACUGAUCAAAAUCAACUUCAUGAACUUAGCAAGUUUUCAAGGACUGAGCGAGGCAGCGAGGGAACCGAGUUGGAAGGCGAUUGAAAGAGCACCUUCUCCCCGUUAUAUUAAGACUCAUCUUCCUCUGUCGAUGUUGCCACCGAGUUUGCUGUCUACUGCCAAAGUAGUGUACGUGGCGAGAGAUCCCAGAGACGUGGCUGUGUCAUAUUAUUAUUUGCAUAAGAUGAUUGGGAAGAGUUUGAUAAGGGCCACGAUGACCCAUUUCUGGGAAGCCUUCCGAAGGGAUUUGCUUCCUUACACUCCGAUUGUGGCACAUACAAACGAGGCAUACCUGAAGAGGCAUCACCCUAACCUACACUUCGUAUAUUAUGAAGAUAUGCUAAAGGAUCUGCCAAAACAAAUCGGUCUCAUAGGCGAUUUCCUAAACAGGCCACUUAAUGACGCUCAGAUCAAGAAGUUGGCCGACCAUCUCAGCUUCGAUAGUUUAAAGAAGAAUAAAAACGUCAAUAAUACCACUGGCAAAGAUGACAGUAUACAGUUUGUUAGAAAAGGCGAAGCGGGCGGCUGGCGAUCUCAUUUUGACGAGAAAAUGCAACUGCAGGCCGAAGAAUACCUCAUUUUACGGCUGUCUGGUCUAGACUUGUCGUAUCCCUCAUUCCCUAUACAUGAAAUUACUAGAUUAUAAUAAUUUACGUAGUUAAGUAUAGCUUUUAAGACUUGGAAUGCUUGUGUUGAUGAUUUUGUGUGUGUGUGUGUGUGUGUGUGAGUUUGUUAGCUUGAAUAAGUUGUGAUUCUUUGGUCCUUUGUUCUGCAUUUUGAGCAUGACAAUUUUGUAUAUUAUGUUUCUGUAAAUAUAUUUUUAAAAUUUUGUUAAUAAAGUUAGGUUAGUCGCGGAAGAUAA